GAGUGGUUGCGGGGUGGAAUGGUAAAUCAUCUCGUCAGAGGGCUCCUUCUCUCUUCCUACUCUAGCUCGACGCCACCUACUGGCAGCAGAGUUCCACGGCACGGCACGCCUCCAUCCCAUCCUACUCCCGCUUACCAAUCCGGCGCCCUCUCCCACCCAUGGCCGCUGCGGUGUGCUGUCACCAUCGCCGGUGGCCGCUCCUCCUUCAGCUGGGCCUCGUCCUAUCCUUCCUGAUGGCGGCCGAGGCGUGGACGGGGGAGAUCCGCGGCCGCGUCGUCUGCGAUGUCUGCGGGGACGCUGCCAUCGGCCCCGAGGAUCAUGCCCUCGAAGAUGCCGAGGUAGCUGUUCUCUGCAUCACAAAAUCUGGCGAGGUUAUCAACUACCAGGCCUUCACAAACUCCAAGGGAAUGUACACCGUUGCAGAGACGAUGCCAGAGAGCGACCGGUGGGAGUCGUGCUUGGCUAGGCCCAUCAGUAGCUUCCACCAGCACUGCGCUAGGAGGGGUGACGCUCACUCGGGGGUGAAGUUCACGUACAACAAACCGUCAGGGAAUGCGCACAACGUCAAGACUUUCCUCUACAAGCCUGUUAACGCCCCUCUGUACUGUAGUUAAACAGUCUAUUGGUUUAAACAUAUAGCAUGGAUUAAACAUGGUUUGAGUUGUAAAUGGAGGGUUUCAGUUGUGUGUAUGUCCUACCUGUAUGUUGGUAAUUCUGUCUGAUCAUCAGUACAAGGAAAAAUAUGCUGCGUGAAUCAUGAUCGUGAAUCAAUAAUGUUUUGAACUGUA